CAGAGUGUUAGCAGCCUAGUGGGGAAAAAUUGCAACGAAACCGCAAAAUUUCCCAUGGAGAUUUCUUGAUAAGGUCCUUGCCGGCACACGAGUAGCGCAACAGAGAAAACACAUGCAUGCUUCCAUGGCUUCCAGAAUACUCUGAUUAGCGCGGCAGAUAAUAUUCGAAGAUUCGUUGUUCAGUCUUGAGACACUUUCUUCUUACUUCUAACAUUUUUUUACGUCCUUGUUGUUUGCAUACUUAUACCCAAUUUUUUCUAUUCUUAUCAAAAGUGAUAUCAUCGGUUUCCUACCCAGCGUUUCCCGACUUGACGUAAUUCAGAAGGACUUAUCAGGCCCGGAGAAAGAGCUACAGAACCCAUUGGAAAAUUUCCUACCAGAAAAAUGGACGAUAAUUUUGCAGAAGUCCAGCUUCCGGAAUCCCGCGUUCUCAUCGUUAUCACGGGUGGUACGAUAUGCAUGCAGAAGUCUGAAAAUGGGCUUAUUCCAGCUCGAGGAUUUCUCAAGGCUGGACUGGCACCAAGGCCCUGUUUCAAUGAUGGAUCGUACCCGGAGCCCUUGGAAAUUGUAAUAGACGACAAAGGCACACGAAAGGCAGUACAGAGCCUGAGGUGCCCAAAGAGCACUUACGACCGCCGCGUCAGGUACUGCGUGCUCGAAUUCGACAAGUUGCUUGACAGCAGCUCGAUUGACGCGGCAGGAUGGGAUCAGAUCGCAAAGACCAUCUACCGGAACUACCAACUAUUUGACGGAUUCGUCGUCCUACACGGCACGGAUUCAUUGGCAUACACCGGCUCAGCAUUGAGCUUCAUGCUGCACAACCUGGGCAAACCCGUCAUCUUGACUGGAUCGCAGGCGCCCAUGAUGGAACUCCAGAACGAUGCGCAGGACAACCUUCUCAGCUCCUUAAUCAUCGCGGGACAUUUCAUGAUCCCAGAAGUGUGCCUGUUCUUCAACUUUAAACUGUUCCGCGGCAACCGGACGACAAAGGUAUCCGCAGACGACUUCCAGGCCUUCGCGAGCCCGAACAUCGCACCACUAGCGACCAUCACAUCGCUGCGCACCAAAGUGCAAUGGAACCUCGUCUACCGCCCCACGGUCGUCGAGCCCUUCAACAUCCAAACCAAGCUCGACACCGCACACGUCGCCUGUCUCCGCAUCUUCCCGGGCAUGCGGCCCGAAAUGGUCGACGCCGUGCUCCGGCUCGAAGGGCUGAAAGGCCUCGUCCUCGAGACCUUCGGCGCGGGGAACACGCCGGGGGGACCCGACAGCGCGAUGACGCGGGUCCUGGCCGACGCCGUCAAGAGGGGCAUCGUCAUCGUCAACGUGACGCAGUGCCUGAGCGGCAGCGUGAGCCCGCUGUACGCCCCUGCGACCAUGCUCGGCAGAGCGGGCGUCGUGUUCGGCCAGGACAUGACGUCCGAAGCGGCGCUCACCAAGUUGGCGUACCUGUUGGCGCUGCCGGAUGCUACGCCUGAGGAGGUGUCGAAGCGCAUGUCGGUGUCUAUCCGGGGAGAGCUCACCGAGGCUUCGAGGACGCAUUUUGAGCAUCCGAAGAGCGGCACGUUGACGCCUGAGUUGUCGAAUUUGACCGCGUUGGGAUAUGCGGUCCAGAAGGGGAAUCUUCAGCAGACGCGAGAUAUCAUUAGGGGUGAGCCUCGAUGGCUGCUGAACGAUGCAGAUUAUAAUCUGAACACGCCUGUGCAUCUGGCGGCGAGCGGACCGAACAUUGAGAUAUUGCGCGACUUUCUCGCCCAGGGCGCAUCCAUCCACCUGCGCAAUCGCAAUGGGCACACGCCCCUCUUCUUGGCGGCCGCUGCGGGGUUGAAGGAUCACGUCGACGUCCUCCUCGACGCCGGUGCCCAUCUGCACUCUGACGAGAUGGCUUCUGCAAGAUUGCAUGCGUCUGGGGAGGAUGGGGAUGGGAAUGGAGUUGCGGAUGGCCACGCUGCCGUGUGGGCGUCUGCAAUGGGCUGAGGUCAAGGUGGUUGCUACACGAGAUGCGGCAUCAGUACGGUACCGUAUGGUACAGCAUGGUGCAUCACACUGCAGGACAGCAAACAAAUAGGUUAGGUACAGUCCAGUCCAGUCCAACAAACAGUCGGUGCCAGUUUGCAUGCUUGUUCAAACAAGCGGAGCGAUCGACGCGCUCCUCCGAGAGUCUGCUGGGACGUAGAACGGGUAAUUGUGGCCCUGUCUGAUGAGGCUACUCCGUCCUUAAGGCAGGCAUAUGUUCCCGUGCACAUCGGCUCGUGGCUAGUCCAGACUACAUACGGUUGAUAUGCAUAGGCGUCCCUAACGAGUCUGGGACGUGGCGCACUGGUGCAGCAAUAAUGGGAUUGGAGGACUGGGUAUAGAGUAGAUAG